AAAAGUAAAUCAUGUGUUUUUUUUCAGGGUUAUUUAGCAACGGAAAACAAAGUUUCCCAGGAAAACCUUCUCGGCCCGUGAGACCGGCUUUCGAGAAUUAUAAACCUUCAGCAGCGUCAAAGCUGCCUCCGCGGACCAUGCCGGCGUACUUCAGCGUGCCGGGGCGUCCCACGCCCGCGCAGCCGCCGGCGGGGCCCGUCCCACCAGCUGAUCCGGAACAAGAAGUGCUGUACUCGCGAUUUUUUGCAGUGUUCAACACUAACGAUCGCAUUCAAGUUCAAAACAUUUUGGUGGCGCUCACUGGAAACACGGCAGUUCCAUACAAGCACGGUGAUGUCAAAAUAGUGGAAUGGACCCACCUCAAUCCGUGGUUUUCGGACAAAAGUUGUAAACACCUAAUGGACCUUUGGUAUAUGCGAAAGGCGAUUGAGUACUGUAAACAAGUCACCGGAAUUCAAACCGAUGAGAUAUUGUUCUCGUUCUUCGAGAAAAUGAGCGGGUCCCGAGACAUCGACUUCGUGAUACAGUUCCUGAAGAUGUUGGAGGGAGACUCAAAGAUCGAUCACCUCUACCUUCUUGUGAAGUAUAUUACGAAUGAAUCUGAUAUCCUCAAGGGCUUUGAAAUAAUUGAGCAACUGACCGGCCAUGCGGACUUUGACGGUGUUUACGAAAUUCUGGAAAUGCUGUCUACCGAAAAGGGUAUUUUCAACAUCACUGAUUUCUUCAAACACAUCGCUCAUACUGGUGGUGUGGAAGGAGUGUAUUACUACAUCAUGCAAUUAACUGGAGGUCUAGGAUCACCGGAAUUUCCAGAAACAUUCAAAGCCUUGGCACCUGAAGUUGAUUUAAAGGGGACAUUGGAUCUUGUGACUGCCGUAACCAGAUCAUCGACCAUCGGAGAAGCCAUAGAAAAACUCAACUUAAUAGUUGGACGACCAACGUUUGCGAGGAGUAUAGUCGUGAUGAAGAAAAUAACUGGAGAGAAACAAAUGAAGUACGCGCUAGAAGAUAUGACUCAUGAGUGUAAUAAACUGAGUCUCAGUGAAGUUUUCGACAACAUUUAUAGGAUCGUCGGCGUUGAUGACAUCGAGGAAGCACUGGAAAUUGUCAAAAGAGUUUUUAACUUGAACAAUUUCAUGCUUGUGUUUCAAAGAAUCAACAAAAUGACCAGAAGCAAUGAGCCGCUACUUUUCAUGGAUUCCCUGUUGGAAAUUACCGGUAAAAUGUACCUGGAGGACGCCGCCAAUUCUUUCAAGAAGCUAACAACCAGGAAACUGUCACUGAUUCAAUUCUUCGAGCUGAUAAGGAAGCGUUCCGGACACCUGCACGUCAUCGACUUUUUCCUGAAGUAUCUCGACUAUUUUGGAGCGAAAACUGUUGAAGAGGCAUUUGAAAAAACUGUGGAAAUCUUCAAAUUAAACGAUAUAUUCGAGAUAUUCGACGUGAUAUACAGAUUCACGAAGGUGGAGGCGAUCAUAUUUAUAGAAACUAUAAUGAAGGUGACAAAUUCUACCAACUUCUCGCACGCAGCCGAGAAAGUCAACAGAAUGGCCAACAAGAAUAAUUUCAUCGAGUCUUGCAAAGCUAUCUAUGGUAUCGCGCGGAUGGAUCUGGUGAAGUUCUAUGAAAAACUUAUUACGGUCAGCAAGAGAUUCGACAUGGAAGAUAUGAUGCUAAUUUUGGAGGGCUACACCUAUACUGAAGAAUUUAUGGACGCCUUAGGAGAGUUACGAAGAUUCACUGGAGAAAAUGACAUGCCGAAAGCCAUCGACCACGUGAAGCUUGGCUUGCCGCGUGCUGUGACUACCACCACUACUGGUGCCCCAACCACCACCGACACACCUGUUGUCACCGAUGCACCUGUCACUACCGAAGGACCCUCGACAACUGAAGCAAUAACCACUACCGAAGCAACACCCACUACCGAAGCAACAUCUAUUACCGAAACCUCAUCAACUACCGAAGCAACAUCCACUACCGAAGCAUCAUCAACUACCGAAGCAACAUCAAAUACCGAAGCAUCAUCUACUACAGAAGCGGAAGAGUUGACUACCGAAAGUCCAAUCCAGCAGCGCCAAGCUGAAAGCAUUGCCUCUGCUUCCAGUUACGAUGGACCAAGUCCUCAAGCUGAGCGUCAAGCGUCUGAGCAAACAGACACAAUAAAUCAACCUUCAGACGAUGGUAACAGUGAACCUGUAGCUAUAGCUGAAGCAACCACUGAAUCUGUCCAAGUAGCAUCUACAACGGAACCAAAUGUUCAAGAUGACAGCUACGCUCAAAAACCGGCAACCAGUGACGUGGAUGGUCAAACACCGUAUAGUUCUGAAAAUUUACCAACAUCUGAAGAGGCUUCCACAGAAUCGGUUGUCCAACCUGAAACGCAAGCUAGUUCUUACGCGCAAAGUUAUUUUUCACCAAAUAGUGACGUGACCACGGAAGCUACCACUCAGGCACCUGGAUCAGCAGGUCAACAGCCAAAUGACAAAGAUUCAGUGGAUGAUCAAACUUACCAACAAGCUUCGACAUUCUAUACACCAUUACUAACUACAACGGAAUCACCGUUAACAACCAGUGACACAAACAAUGAAGAACCAGUGGCGACUGAAAGUACUCCUUCAACAACUGAAAGUAUUAAUCAACCUGAAAAACUACCAAUUGACGGUGCUGAGAGUAGUUCCCAAGUGUCUGAAGUUGAAAAUAAAACAACUCCUGUUGAAACUCCUGAAACAACGCCAUCAUCUCAACCUACUAGUAACGAGCGUAACGAAAGUGUAUCGAGUCAAACCAAUACUGAAACUCCAGAAGCUACUACUGUACCUUCAGGGGUUACUACUGAAAGUCCGGAUGAAAGCGAUUCUACUGUUGUUAAAGAGGAAACUACGACACAAAGUCCAGUUUCAUAUGAUAACCAGAAUGCAUCACAAGCGUCAGCAAUCAGUAAUGACUCACUACCACAACAGGCACCAUCUGAUGGACAAGUGGAAUCAAUAACAACACAAUCUACAAACAAUGAGACGCCUACUUUUGCUGUAGCUCAAACAAUAACACCUAAUCAACCCUCAAAUGAUACAAUAGCAAAAUCUGAAAGUGAGCCUGAACCAGCACCAAACACGGAACCUAAUACUGUAUCUCAACCACAAGAUGAAACAGUAUCACAAAUGGUACCUCAAUCGCCGCAAACACCUUUAACAAAUGAAGUUCCUCAAGCAUCACCAAUUCAAACAUCGGAUAUUAUUACUGUUAUUCAACCAGAUGGUUCUCCAUUGACACCUAGACAGACCAAUUCUUAUCUUGUACAAGACCAUCCAACCUUUGAUAUAAUAGAAGGUCCGAGGUUGCAACCUGUUGCAGAUGGUAAUCAAUAUCCUGGUAUAACGACCAACGAAUUCUCGCCAGAAAAACCAACAUUCGAUUUUUUCAAUCGACCACAGUUUUCCUCUUUGGCACCGAACCAAAUUCCCACAGGAGGUUUCACGCCAACUAUCACUAAACCAACUGCUGGAGUGCCAACGGCUUACCAACCUGAACGUCCAUUUGAACGAUCAGAAACUAUUGUAUUCCCACGACCAAUUGAAAUUCAAAGACCAGAAAUCAUUACUGUAAGUCAAGCCACAAACAAUUCACCUGUGAUGAUGUCGCAGACUGAUUAUCGCCCAAUAAGACAACUUCCUGCAGUCGAAACUAUUGUGAUAUCUGAAGCUGAAGAUAAUCGUCCCCAAUUUGUACCCCAGACACCCAUGACAAUGGAUAAUCCAGGAAUUGCAACAAAUGAAUUUAAUACUACAGUAAACAAGGCACCCAUAACAUCGGAAGAGGCUGAGUCUAAUCCUAUCGAAAACAAACCUUAUGUAGAAAGCACUGAAGAAGGUAAGAACAUCCAAUACGCUGAUGCAAAUCAACCUCAAUCUGAACCAGUACCAGAUAGCUUAAUAAUAUAUACGAACCAAGAGUCUUCAUCACCGACAGCAAAUAAUGAGCCAAACAUUGAAUCUGAUACAGAUGCUCAGAGCUAUGCUCAGUCGCAAAGUAGUUACCAAUCCCCAACAACACCAGUUAUAGUGGACACAACAGAACCUUCAACACAAAGCCCAAGCACAGAACAAAGUUCAACUACAGAAGGGACAACGGCUGCCAGUCCAGAAUUAUCUGAGACCUCUGAAGAUUUAAGUAUUUCAGAAGAGCCACAGGAAUCUGUUAGUUCUGGAGAAACUGCUAAUAAUAGUUCGACUUCUACUACAAGUACAUCCACUACUGAAGCAUCUUUAAACACCUCGGAAGUAUCAACAUACUCAUCAUCUGAUACCACAAAUCAGCCGGAUACUACAUCUCAACCAAAGGAAACCUAUGCUCAGGACGACAGUAUUCAGAAUGAAGAAAACCCUGAAACGAAUACAAUGGCCAGUUCAACGCAACUACCUGAAACUGAAAGUCAGAGCAAUAAUGCAAGUCAAAUAACUGAUGAGCAGCCUCAACCUCAGGCUACCUCAACAGCUGAAUCACAAAGCUUCACAGCACCAUCUGAAACUGUACCAACCACAGCGACUGAAGCUUCCCCAACACCUUCUGAAGAAAAUAGUACGAUAGCGGUACAAACAACCACACCAGAAAAUAAAAUGCCAUCAGAAAAUCCUGACGAGAUUUUGGUAGAUUCAACAUCAAUUGCUCCAACCAGUUCAGAAGAAAUUGAUAAAAGCGGAGAAGGUAUAAACGCAGAUAGCGCUGAAACGGUAACUACUACAACGGAAAGAAAUCCUACUGUUAAUGUUAAUACUUCAUCAACUCCGGAAUCAAAUACGACACAAGUAGUUACAAGUACUCCUGAAACAACAACUGAACAUGCAGUAACAACAGGCCAGAGUGAAAGUCCAGGGUCAAGCUCCAAUACCGAUUCUUUACCAGCUACUUCUCAAUCACCAGACACUGUUGAGGUUACUACAGUUGCAUCGCCAGAUUCUACGACUCAAGAUCAAAAGCCUGUAGAUGUUGAUAAUGUUACUCCAUUGUCAUUUACUACAGACAGCACUCCAGUACAAAACUCUACGCAAGCGCAAAGCACAACUACAGUUCAAAGUAGUGAUUCUAGUCCUACAACAGAAUCGAAACCUGAAACAGAUGCAUUCCAAAAUACAUCAGUCUCAAAUCAAUAUACUGAAGCUCCUGGCACCAGCACUCAAGAUUCUUAUCCAGAAAACACAAACCAAACAAGCUCUAAGACAGCAGUGAAUAAAGAUGAUUCUGUUCCAUCAACGGCUGUAAGUGAAGUAACUGAAACACCGAAUACACAAACUGCCAGUGCAUCGUCAGAUUCUCAAUCACAAAAAGAACCAGAACCAGUAAAUAAUGUAACUGAGCCUACGACGGUAACACCAGUAGCUACUGAAGAAAACAUUGAGCCAGAUAGUGGAAUCAUAGAAAGUUCUGAAGAGUACGAAGAAACGACCACUACUCCAAACACUCCUGAACCACUAACAACUACCGAAACAAGCACAAAUGAUCAAUAUACAACAUUAGCUUCAACAACGGUUCUAGAAGGUGUAACUGAAAAUCCAACAACAGAGGCCCCGACGGAAAAUAAACCACAAAAUGAAUAUCUUGCACCAAUCACCCAGUCUACUCCAUCUUCUAAUGCUACUGAUAAAUUAGAUAAUACUAUAGAACAAAUAAUUACUGUUCAACAGCCACAACAGCAAUUGCAAAUCAUUUCUGAAAGUCAAUAUUUAAGUCCAGAUAUAUUGCAACCUUUACCAUUGACAGAGGUUACUACACAAGCAACAAGUGACAUUCCUCAACCCCCACAGACAUCACCAGAAAACCAAACCGUAUCCUCCUCCGCACCGUAUAACGGUAAUCCUGAAAUUCAAGCUGUUCCACAGCCUACCCCUCAACCUUCAGAAACCACAGACAUUCCAGUAACUUCCUUGCCAACAACUCAAGGUGUAGAAUCUCCUGAAACCACUACUGAGAACCAGACAUUUCGAGACUCCCAACCGCAAGCUUAUCCUGAAAAUCAAAAUCAGAGCAGUGUUCAAGUCAUCUCAAGUGCCCCUGAUCAUGACAAUAGCCAGCCAGCUGUGAUGGGAACAUCUACUGAGGAGCUUACUGAAAGUGAUGAACUAAAGGAAGAUGGCAGCGCCGAAAACACUACUGCAUCCCCGCAAACAACGGUUGCGGAGACUACAACAGAAAAUAAACCUGCUAAAGAUGAUACCAUUGUAACUUCAGAAACGCCAAUUAUCUCGCAAGUGCAAACGACAAGUACUGCAGAAACAAAUGCGCCAGCUGUUACCCCUGGAGAACCAGAGUCUGCAGAACCGUCAGAAGAAAUAGAAACUAUAGACAGAAAUCCCCUAGAAGAUGACUAUAUAGCCAAUGAUUAUCCUAUUGCAUUGCCAACAUACAAUGCACCAACGCCACAGAAACCCAGCCAAGUAUCCAAUGAUGCUUACAGCUUUACAUCUGUUAAUGAUGGUCGACUUACACCACUUAGACCUCAAAAUAUUCAGCCAAUUCAGAAUAAUCAACCCAUUAUUGUAAGACCGGUAUUUGGAACUCAAAAUCAAAUGUUUGAAAUCCCAACAAGGCCACUACAGUCUCCGACGCCAGUAUCGCAAUUCAUUCGUCCUGACGCACCGCAAUCUGUGGUACAUCAAGAUGUCUUGUCUGGAAUAAAGCGACCAACGGACAGUUCAAAUAAUAUUACACCGAUCGUUACAGACAAUGGUAGUUAUAAUCAACCGUUAGCACAACCUGCUAUUGAAACUCAAAAUACAUCAGUAAAUGUUGAUACGAAACCUAAUCUACCUGAUAAUAGUAAUGAUCAAACUGAACCUGCGCCUGAGACUGUUCCAACGCAAACUGUUACCACAGAUGAAAAUUCUGUUACUACUGCAGCGCCUAAUGAAGACACAACUGUUACUCCACAAAACACGAAUCAGUCUUCAACUACCAUGAUACAACAGCCCUUUCGUGAAACCGAAACUCAGGCUAGCCCUGAAAAUCAAGAUAAAAUUGAUUCUGAAGUAACAACUACCACUCAAUCUCCAAUUACUGAAUCGGCUGUUGCUCAAAGUUUUACAUCAGCACAACCGACAGAAAGUAUGGUGAGUGAGGAACCUACAACUGCAACACCUAAUGCAAACGAUUCUAAUAGCACAACUACAGUGCCACCUCAGCCUGAAUCAGUUGAAUCGAAUGAUAAAGUAACUGAGACUCCACAAAGCAAUGAAAGUGGUGACUUGAGUAAAAGCUAUGAAGAUGAUUCUUAUACAACAGCAGAAACGACUACACCUAGUGCAGAUACAACAUCUGUAUCUACUAUAGAUCCCACGGCAGAACAGCCUGCACCUUCUAUGACGCAAUCUCCAGUAACGGGUACGAUAACCGAGCAAACUACGGAGACACCACAAUCUACUGAUGAAACUACAGCACCAACACAAACAGUAGUACAGAGUGAGGCGAACACAGAACCAAAAUCUCAGCCACAAGUGAUUACUCCGACUGACCAAACUGAUGUUUACGGUGUAGUUUAUCCGUCGAAUUCUGAAGAUCAACCAACAACUGCAGCUACAGAAAUUUACCAAUCGCCAACAUCAACAGAGGCAUAUAGUACAGUUAACAAUGACUCUACUCCGGUUCAAGAAGAAAAUUCUAAUGAAAACAAUAGUCAUGAACUGACUGAUGGAGUUGACUUUGAAGACGAGGAACCUGUGAAACAGCAACCAUCGACGCAAACGGAUCUCACUGCCGAACAAACUACUACCCAAUCUCCCAUCGUCAGUAAUGAUACACAGAAUGUAGUGUACGCAAGCACAGAAUCCCAGCCUCAAGUUUCACCUCCUGUGACACAAACCGAUGAGCAACAAACAAAACAAGAUGCAUCUAAUAAUGAACCACCGUCAGCGCCAACAACUUCUGAGGAAACAACAACAAGUGCACCAGUAGUUAUUGUUGUUGAUGAAACCGAAACAACAGGCGAUGAUGAGAGCCCUGAACUAUAUGACAGUGAAUAUUACGACGAACAGCCAGAAACUUAUGAAUCAUCACCAGUAGUUUCCCAAUCGUACGCAUACACAGGACCUAUUAAUGAAACCAAUGAUUCACCACAAACUAUAGUGAAUACAAACACGCAACCCGAACCCCAAAAUUCCUCCCCUGCCUUACAACCUAAUGAUAAUGACCAACCAAUAAUACAAACUGAGGCUACUACAGCUGAAACACCCACAAAUGUUACAACACCUGAGGUAACAACAGCCAUGGCGACCAAAGUCGUUUCUGAACCUGAAACAACCACAGUAAAUCCAAACAAUACGUAUCUUGAUGACGAAACAACAAUCGAUAAUGAGAGUCCUGAGCUUGAUGAAAAUGAUGACUAUGAAGAAAAAACAGAAAGAAUUGAAAAAUCCCCCAUUGUUUCUGAAACUUACUCUAGUCAAGCACCAUCUGAUCAAAAUUAUGUUCCUGAAGUAACCACAGAUCAAAGUACUGCCGCACAGCCUGAAAAUGAAACACAAACUACUACACAAACAAUCCAGCCAGUUGAUAGUCAGUCAACAACUGAACUACCUGAAAAGACUACUCAAGCUGAAGCUUCUACACAAGCAAGUACUUACCCUGAAGUAUCGAUUACUAAUCAACCUCAAAGUAGUACAUUACCCAGUGAAACUAGUGAAAAAGACACAGUUCCCGUUACUGAAAAUGAUAUAAAACCUGAAGCUAGUACUGUAGCUGAAAGCAGUUCUGUAACUGAGCCUUCACCCGAAGAUAUAGACAGUAAUAAAAUAAUUAUUGUAAAUGAUGAAUACCAUGAAACUCCUACUUCAACUUCCACCACUAGUGCAUUUGAAAAUGCACCUGAAACAUCUAAUCCGGAAACUAGUGCUUCGUCAAGUCAGGCUGAGAGCAGUCCGCAAGUAAAUCAACAAACUGAACCUACUACUGAAGCUCCAGAAGAAACAACUACAACUCAAGCACCAGACUCUGUAGCAUAUGUCAAUACGCAAAACCAGAACAGUCAAAUUCCGAUCAGUGAUUCUCAAAUUCCCGCAGAUACUCCUCAACCACAAGCUGCCAGCCCAGAAUCAGUUAACCCAUCUGAAGUCGAUACGGUUACACAGCCUCAACCAAGUUCUACCACUGAUCUACCUGCAACAAUCGAACCACAAGUGGUCGAACCUACACAAGAGAAUAAAGAACCUGCUGUUUUAUCUGAGACCACUGAAGUUCCAACCUAUGAUGCAACUCCGGAAACGACUUACCAACAAGUAUAUGAAACACCUGAAACUACCACAAAUACGCCUACAGAAACGAACUCUACAACAUCUACUUCUGAGAUAACUACAUCACCUGUAAAUAGUUCAAAUAUAGAAGUAACUCCAGAGACAACUGAAUCUCCAAGUAGUACAACACCAGCUGUUGAAGAACCUAUUGCAAAUCCUGAAUCUGAAAUUUUAACUUCUACGGAAACUGCAGUGGCUUAUUCACAAUCCACAGCAGACAAUGGUUCAGCAUCAGAUGAAAAAGCAACUCAACCUGAAGAUACUGUAGGAGGUCAAGACAAUAUUCCUACAGAAGCGACAACAAGUGCACCUUCAACUGAACAACCACUGAGUGAUAAUUCGUCUGUAGAACCAGCUGGUAGUUCUGAACAAUCAUAUGUUAGUUCAGAGCCUGAGCCCUCAGAGGAAUUUAUGAGUAAUGAAACAAAAGAACCGCAAGAAAAUACUGCACCAACCGAACUAACAACAGUUUCUACCAUACAAGAUGCCCCUGAAAAUAACGAAAAUAUAGCGAAUACCGAAAUUACUUCUACUACAUCUACAGAAAACCCGUUGUAUUACCAAGUUGCAGCUGGUCAAUUAAGUCAAGAAUCUGGAACCGUACAGGCCCAGACAACUUCUGUCCCAUCAGAAGUUACUUCUCAACCAGAAGCAGAGGCGCCAACCACCACCCAAGCUCCAUCCACAGAUAUUGUCCAACAACCAGAAAACACAGUGAACUCCGCAGAACCAGUCAAUACUGCAGUAGAUGUUCAACCAUCUGACACAACUAGUCCAACUCCAGAGAAUAAAACUGAUGAGCUAUCUACUGUUAAUACUGAAUCAACGCCGACUGUGGUAAAUACAUCUGACGAAGCAAGUCAGCCAAAUACAUCAUCAACGGCAACCACCGCAGAUUCUUCAACUACUAUUAAUGAUCCUGAAGUAACAACAAACGGACCCACUUUUGCUCCUUCUGCUCAGCCAAAUAAACCUUCAGGUGAAAUUCCCGAACCGCAAUCAAUCGAUACCACUGCCACUCCGUUACCAGAAGCAACAACUCAAGCUCCAGCGGCUGUAGCAUAUGCUGAGGUACAAGACAACGAUAGCGAAACUACAUCCACUCAACCAGAUGGAGUUAAUCUUGAAGAACAAAAUAAACCACAAGACGUUGAAACUACUGGUUCAGUUUCUGAUAAUGAUAAUCAGGUGCCGACAAUCGUUUCGGUGGUUAAUACUCCUGAAAUAUCGAAUGGAACUAAUGAGGCACCUUCUUAUAUUACAACUCAAACUGAAACUACUACAAUUCAACCAGAAUCUACUACAAUUCAAGCCGAAUCUACUACAGUUCAAGCAGAAUCUACUACAGUUCCAGCCGAAUCUACUACAGUUCUCCCAGAAAAUACUACAAUUCAACCAGAAGACCAAUCAAUCAGUACAGAACCUACGGUCUCGAACAAUAAACCAUUCAUAUCUUCUGCUGAACCUAUUCAAUCACCAGUUGACAGUAAUGAUACUCUUUCUGCAAUAACUCUAGACGCAAUGCCUAUUGCAGUGCCAGAGAGUUCUACAACUCAACCAGAUAACAUUACUUCUCAAACACCAGAUAAUACGCAAGAAACCCUUACAGUUACUUCGGAUAAUAUGGACCAAUCUCCAAUAAUAAGUUCUGCACAACCUAACGCAACUCCGACCACGACCAACCAAGCUGCAACUUUAGAUCAAUCAACUACGUCAGUAGGUCCUGAACCAUCUCUCGCUGGUGCCAACACAUUAGUGUAUGAGGAAGAUCAUGAAUACGAGGAUGAAUCUGAAGAAGAAAGUUCUGAACUUGAUGAAGAACACAGUCACGAGAGCUCACAGAAUACACAGUCAGAAACAAAUAUAAAUCAAGAAGCUCAAAGUAAAACAAGUGAGAAAACUGAGAGUAAUUACAACGCAGAACUCCAGAGCCACUACGAGAAAGAAGAGGAAAGUAACCUUAAUGUACAGAGUAGUUCAGACAAAGAGCAACAAAGUAAUUUCAGUGCCCAAAGAAACUCUGAGAAAGAACAAGAAAGCUCAUAUAAUGCUGAAAGCACUUCUGAAAAAGAAAAACAAAGCAGUCUUGAUGUGCAGAAGAGUUCUGAAAGGGAACAUCAAAGUUCAUUCAAUGCACAAAGUACGUCCGAAAAGGAACAAGAAAGCUCUUUUAGCGCGCAAAAAAGCUCUGAAAAGGAACAAGAAAGUAGUUUUGAAGCACAGAAGACUUCAGAAAAAGAGGAACAAAGCUCAUUCAAUGCGCAAAAAAGCUCCGAAAAAGAACAGCAGAGUAGUUUCCAUGCUGAAUCUGAGCGCGAACACAGUUCUGAUUCUGAAAGCUCUUUUAAGGCUGAAUCUGAGGCCUCUUACGAUGCAAAGGCUGAGAGCCACAAAUCCAAAUCGUCAAAUAGCAUGAGCUUAGAAGAGGAUGACGAUGAAGAGUCCACGGAAACAGAAGUCGAAGAAGAGUGUACUUGUGGAAAAGGAAAAUCGAAAACUACAUCAAAGAGCAAAAAAAGUAAAAAGUCAUCUUCAGCCUCCAGCAGUCAAGAUUCUGAGAGCAGCGACUUCUCUUCAAGCAGCAGUAAGAAGGAGUCAGCGAGCAGUAGCUUCUCAGCUCACGAAAGCGAAACAGAUUCCGAAAGCAGCAGUUUGUCUGCCAGCUCGAGCAGCAAAGAUACAGAGAGCAGCAGCUACUCCGCAUCUUCCAGCAAGAAAGAGUCUGAAAGCAGCAAAUUUUCCGCAAGUUCCAAGAGCAAACAGUCAGAGAGCAGCAGUUUGUCUGCUAAAUCUAGCAGCAAGGAGUCCGCUAGCAGUAGCUACUCUGCUUCAGCCAGCGAGAAAGAUUCCGAAAGCAGCAGCUAUUCUGCUAGCGAAAGCGAGAAAGAUUCGGAGAGCAGCAGUUUUUCUGCCAAGUCUAGCAGCAAACAGUCUGAAAGCGAUAGUUAUUCUGCCUCUUCCAGCGACAAGGAAUCUUCUUCCAGUAGUUAUUCCGCUUCUAAACGAGAGUCGGAAAGCAGUGACUUCUCUGCUAGCCUGCAAGAAUCUUCUAGCACGGAUACAGAAGAAUCGAGCAGUUCUUCUUCAAGCCUGAAACGAUCAGAGUCCAGCAGUUCGUCGUCUAAAGACAGUUUAAGCAGUAGCAUGAGCAGUAGGGAGUCUUCUAGCAGCAGCAAAGAGACAGAUAUAACUCGGAUAGAGCAGUCGGCCGCGGGGGCGCCGCCGACCCCGCCGGGGGCCGCGCGUCCCCCGACCCCCGCGCCCGUGGGGCCCCCAGACGACAGACAAGUCGGAGGAAAAGUCGCUGCUAAUUACGAACGGAAAGAGAUCUACCACGCCCUGCAGACCAGCAUGAACCUCAAGAUCCUGAUCCUGCCCACGGGGCCUCCUGGCAAGAACUGCUUCUGUACGUGCGACAACGACAGCGUGCCACAGAUCAUACCCGUCAGCAACCUGCCGAGCUUGAAUUAGUCUGUGAGGGCUGGUGUCACCAUUCUAGAUUUAACGCUGCAUUCGUAGAACUACCAUGGAAUUUUCAGCCGCCUCUAGGCUACCUGUCCACCAGAUAGGAGCAAGGGUGGUAUGGGGUGUACGAGGCAAUAAUCGUCCAAUAAAAUUGCAAGAGCGGAGUUUUUAAGCAAUUUCAUUGGUCUACUUUUGCCUCGCACACCGUUCCGCUACCUCGGUCCGCUCUGGUGGACUGGCAGCCAAAAAGCUGCAUGCCAGUGGCGCAUCAUAACAUAACGCAAUAAAAAUUGUGACCAUAACAUAACGCAAUAAAAAUUGUGACACAGUGGCAGUUUAAGGGUGUCCGAAUCACAUAGUUUAUCAGACCGAUUUUUCACUCCGAUUUACACAUACUUUAUGGUGACAUCAAACCUCCCCCUAAAUUUUUUAAAAAUAUUUUAUACCUGUAAGUUUAUUAUGAAUAGUAUAUCGUUAUAACUAAGUGUGCUUACUCAUAUGGUUAGUUUUAUUAUUAAAGUUUAUUCAAUUUUUUCCUGUAAA